UAUUAAUGAAUUAGGGCCAUCAUUAGCUUGACUAUUCAAUUAAUUGUAUUUUUUCCCCUUGUUUAAUUACACAACGGCGGUAAUACACGUUGAUUGUGUGUUGAUUAGUAUGACAAUUUUUCUAUUGGAAGAGCAAAUUAGCGAAAGUCUGCCACUGUGUACCGACACCAUUCUGUCAAAUUGCUUAUCAACAAAUGCCGUCGGACCCCUUGGUUGGUUGUCACUGUGACGUGUUGCUUCUGGUUUGAUCAAAGUGUGCAUUAGUCAACAAUAGUGAGGAACUUUUGGGGAUACCACGAUUGAUGAAGGAGACACCAUUCACCGUGACCCUCAUCAUUAUCAUCAUCGUUAUCAUCCCCCUCCCCAUCUUGUUCACGGUGUGUAUUGAUCCUGACUAUACCAACUGUUCCACAGCGUGAGGAUAUUUGGCACACGCGGCAUGGACAACCAGGGCAGCUGCUCGCAUGACGCUUGAAUACAUACCGUUGCACCAUCGUGUACUGACAAAUAAAUGUGUCCAACCUUCCACACUAGGGUUGGUGUGCGAUCAGGUUCUGUCGAGUAGUACGUACCUAUCGUCGUGGCUGACUCAAGUUCAUAGAUACCAUAAUAUCGUUAAACCUGGGACUUGUAGCUAUACUUUCAAGGUGUUGUCGUCCUUUUUUUGCAGACACAGUACUAUUGUGCGUUGACGUCUAUGGGUUUACGAGGAUGAUAAAUAGAACUGAACGGUUGAUGAAUGCUGUAAUCUGUCGGUAGAUACCAACAUGUUAUUACUAAUGAACGCUUUAGCGCAACUUACAUGGAUCUUACUGCUGGAAGGAUACAGGAUAGGUUGUAUGGCGUCAGAGGCAGAGGGUCGGCUGCACCAUCAGCUGUUCGAAAACGGUUAUAACAAGCGCCCUCUACCGGUGGUCAACGCCACAGACAUCCUGACUGUGUAUUUCGACUUGGCUGUCACACAAAUAGUUGAUGUUGACGAGAAAAAUCAGGUCUUUACGUCAAAGGUUUGGAUGAAACAGGUUUGGACGGAUCCAAAGCUUUGGUGGGAUCCUAAAGACUUUGCUGACAUCACCAACAUAAAAGUCCCUACACAAAAGAUAUGGAUUCCUGAUAUCCUCAUAUAUAACAACGCUGAUGGGCCGUUCGGCAUUUCCUCCAAGACAUGGGCGAACAUCAACUACAACGGGACAGUCACCUGGUUCCCGCCAAUAGUCUACAAGAGUUCGUGUCGUAUCAAUGUCCGGUACUACCCGUUCGAUGAGCAGAACUGCACCAUGAAGUUCGGGUCAUGGACCUACGACGGUGACGCCCUGAAUCUGUUGCCUCUCAAGCAGGAGGCCGGCAGGAAAGACUACUGGGAGAAUGGCGAAUGGGUCAUGAAAGAGUCACCGUGUUUUAGAAACGUCAAAAAGUACCUGUGUUGUGAGUCGUUGUAUAUAGAUAUAACCUGCCACUUCAUACUGCGGAGGAAGCCACUGUACUAUUUCGCCUAUUUGCUGAUGCCGUGCGGCCUGAUCUCCUUCAACACGGUCCUGGUAUUCUACCUACCACCGGACAUCAGCGAGAAGAUGGCGUUGUGUACAUCUGUAUUGCUGUCCAUGGCCGUGUUCCUCCUGUUGGUAACGCAGCAGAUCCCGGCCAACGCCACUGACUUCCCGCUGAUCGUCAAGUACCUGUUGUUCACCAUGGUAGUGGUGUCCUCGUCCAUCGUAUUCACCGUUUUCAUUCUGAACAUCCGGUUCCGGUCUCCCCAGACCCACACCAUGCCCAAGUGGGUACGGUGGCUCAUGAUAGACACACUACCCAAGUACCUCUGGAUGAAGAGACCGGAGCGGUACUCUUUGAGGUACCGCAAUGUCGGGGUCAGCAUCACACGAGAUGCGCUGGGUCCGUCCAACUUCCUGGACACGAGGAAAAUCGUCAUGGAGAACAAGGGCAAUAACUACACAGUGCGCAUGCGUGCUGAGCUGGACAAUGAUGACGAGUCGGAUAACGACUUACAAGGGAACAUGCAGCCAUUGCGGUACUUGCCUACUGGACAUGUAGAUCCAGAGUGUACCGAGGCCAUGAUUGUCAACAAUGCAAUUGAAGAGAUCAUGUAUCUCACAACAAGAUGCUCCAAUGAGGAAGACGAUAAAAGGGAGAAGGAAGAUUGGAAAUACAUUGCCAUGGUAGUGGAUCGCAUCUUCCUCAUCGCCUACCUGUGUGCCGUCUUUGCAGGCAAUGCGGGAAUCAUAUUCGAGUCCCCUCACGCCAAGGAGUUCUUCUUCGGUGCAUGAAGAAGAGGAGUCUCCUCACGCUAAGGCGUUCUUCUUCGUCAGUGCAUGAAGAAGAGGAGUCUCCUCACGCUAAGGAGUUCUUCUUCGGUGCAUGAAGAAGAGGAGUCCCCUCACGCUAAGGAGUUCUUCUUCGGUGCAUGAAGAAGAGGAGUCCCCUCACGCUAAGGAGUUCUUCUUCGGUGCAUGAUGAAGAGGAGUCUCCUCAUGCUAAGGCGUUCUUCUUCGUCAGUGCAUGAAGAAGAGGAGUCUCCUCACGCUAAGGAGUUCUUCUUCGGUGCAUGAAGAAGAGGAGUCCCCUCACGCUAAGAAGUUUUUCUUCAGUGCAUGAAGAAGAUGAUUCUCCUUACGCUAAGGAGUUCUUCUUUGGUGCAUGAAGAAGAGGAGUCCCCUCACGCUAAGGCGUUCUUCUUCGGUGCAUGAAGAAGAGAAGAAUCUCUGAUGUUGAACAGACCCUCCUUAAUUAGUAACAGUGAAAGGUGUAUAGUCUCAUCCACAAAAAUGCUUCGUUUAAAUUCCUAUCAACCAGGUACUUUGAUGCUGAAUAAAAAGUAUAAAUAACACUGACCUUCACAAUUUUCUGACAGCUAGGCCUACAUUUGACAAGCAUCUUUAACAUAAUUGUUCUUUAAACAAAAUUCCUUACACCGAUGAGUGAUUAGGCAGUGUAUACUCAGUGCUUUCUCAAAUUCUACGGCUGUGGAGAACAAAAUCCACAGGCUAUGUUCAGCUGCAGUUUUUGCAUAAAGGCAAAGUACCGAUGGUUUACAUUUUCGAAAAUAACAUUAUAUUGAUGCAUUAUCUUGCGGUGAUUUCCCAUUAUACAUUAUACAUAGACUAUUAUUAUCCACAUUUUCUGCUAAGCGUAGGUUCUCUAGUCGUGUGGAAUUAUAUUGCUACAAAAAACCUCAAUGUAUGAAACAAGUGGAUAUAAUUUACAUAUAAAUAAUAUAUAUAUAUAAUAUACUCCUCUUUUGAGCUGUGCAGCGAAACUUCGUUAAGAGUGUUCUGACUGUCUUUGAGACAGUGGUAAGUUAUGUAUUUGUACAAAGGAGUAAAUAAUUUUGAAUUAGCUUUUAACCUGGAAGAAUUUGGAUUAAGCAACCUAACAGCAAGCACAGAUUUCGUAUACGAUUUCGUAUAUCUUAUGAGGAUAAGAACCAAUUGCUAGCCCAUGAAAAUGACUUCUUGGAUGCAGUUCUUUUUUUGAUGCCGACGGUGGAUCUGAGCCCCUUCAAGGAUGAGAUCUUCAGCAGGACAGUGUCUCGGGAUAUGUCUUAGCGGGCCAUUUGGCCCCGUAUGAGGUAUGGUUAACUUAUAAACGCAUGCGAAUGAUUGUGUCACCUUCAUACAAUAAGGGUGCAGUUGAUCCUGACAACGUGUCAGACAUCCCAAAUGAGUAGGGACAAGGCUGUCAGGUGUCAAUAUUGGAUUCGAUUCAACUCCACACCGGGAGUAGUACAUUGAGCCUUGAUAAACCUCCCGUAAUCAGACAUUAUCAGUGUUCAAUUGAUCCAGAACUUGGUCUAGGAGGAUCCAUUUGACCCUGGAUAAGUCUCACAUUGGAAGCUCAUUGACCCAGUUACUGGGUCAAUGGGUAUCCACUUGACCCUGGAUAAGCCAAUCAUAAUCCAUUAAUAUCCCAUUGACCCUGGAUAAGUGUUCCACGCGUCAGAUCAUUAUUUGGGAUCAAUAUUGACCCCUUCAGUGGGCUAGUGAGUAUUCGACUCCGGAUAAGUCACACAUGUCUAACAAUAUCACAUGUCUAACAAUAUCAGUGUUCGACUGACUCCUUCCACUAGGUCAUCGGGCAUCCCCAUUGACCAUGAUGAUUAUCACACUGUAUAAGAUAUUAUUGUUGGUGUUCGAUCAUCUCCGAUAAUAGAUCAGUGACUAUCCACUUGACCCUGGUUAGAUCACAGAGCAAAGACCUUUUGUCUGAUAUUGUCGGGGAUGGAUUUCCCCAUAAUUGGGUCAGUGAUAGUGCAACAUUAACCGAAACGACCCAGGUGUAUGAUCUUGCCAAGUUCAAAUUGACCCUCCAUUGGAUCAAAUAUUAUCUCAGUACUGAAUUCGGUAUAAGGAUACCAUGUGACAACAAUCUGACCCUCAAUGGUUCAGAGAGUAUACUUAUUUCAAGUUUACCGGUUUUAGGGUCAGCCGUCGAUCCGAGGUACAAAUGCACAAGUGUGUUUGAAAUCGUAUAAAAUGUGAGGGUCGGAGUUCGACAGGGAGUUAGCAAUAAUUAUUAGUCUACAUUUUUCAUGAGUUUGUAAAGAAUAAGUCUAAACACUCUAUUAGCUGGUCGCCAUGUUGGUUUACAAAAUGUAUAUUCACAAAAUACGAGAACCAUCAAGUGAGGUUUUUAGGUCAGCCCAACCUGUAUAUGAAUCCCUAAAUUUCAUAGACCCUUAAGAGUUACAAUGUAGACUGUGAAUUGCAUUAUUUUGUGAUGGGUUACCUUCAUGCAAAUCUAUUUCAAUAUCUAAACUUAUACGAUCAACUCCAAACUGCUCAGAAUAAACCUCUGGUUUUUUGGGGAUGAGGAUCGUGUUCCCUUGAAAGGUUGCACGCUGGAUUUGGUAUUGGGAAUCAUUCUUACUUGGACAGUUUUACUGUUUCUUAUGGAAUACCAUGUACUUUACUAAUAUCGUGACCCCAGUAUUAAAUUGAAAAAAGCCAGCGGCUGCAUGCAGGCAGCCGCGCGUGCACGUCACCGCGGGGUCCUCGCGAACUAAGAACCACCUUCCAAUUACAGGUCAAAAAGAUAUUCAAUAUUAAACGAAAAGUAUGAUGAUUAUUCUUUAAAUCUUCCACACUAGCCGAACAUUUGCUGGAAGAGAUGCUUUAAUUAAUAAUUCUUGACCAUGGUUCAUUGAUUGAUGUCGUCUGACCUUGAUAAAUGGCACUGCCAUUUACCUUGGUAAUGACAAAACGUUCAGCAUGUAAUUAUGCAUAUAUACCCAUGACUAAGAGGAAAGAAAACCGCAAAAUUAAGAUCUGUUUUUUAGUAGGUCAGACCCACUUCCGGUCAAGGACGGUCACUUUCCGGUUUAGCACGACCCAAUUCGGUUCAAAUGACCGAUUUAAGGUUCAAAAUGGCCCAUGGUUCCAUAUGACAAAUAUUCGGGUCAAUCUAACCAUGGUUCCUGUUCAUUUUAACUAGACAGUCGGUUUAUACCGACCCAGCUUAUAGUUUGACUCCCUGGAUUAAUUCUGAACCUAGAAUUAAACCAACACCCCUGAAAAUAGAAAAAGCUUUUUAAAUAAGCUAUUUUAAUAUCUUAUUUAAAAAACUAAAUUUUUAUAAGAAAUAGGCUGAUGAUCUGUGCUACGCAUUUCAAUGGUAAGUACCCGAACGCCCUCUGUUGGCGAUGGUGUACACAGAUGAGGUACGCACUCAGUUAUCUCCGAAUAACUUAUGUUGUCUUACUGUUGUUGUUUCUUGGGGUGUUUGAUUGUCUGUUUAGUUUAAAAAGAAAAAUAUUUUCGGGCUUGAACACAUCAAUAAUAUUGGGUCAUUGCCUAUUUGGGGUGAAUUUUAACGUUGUAAACAUUUGAUGGAGAUCUGAAACACACCAAUGCUCAGCACUGAUGAAGGAAUGAACUAUAAAGAAGUGUGGUUCAGUUUAGUUACACCUUGACACAAAUCUGCCUGAAGUACUACCCUGCUAUGUAAAGUUAAGUUACAAACAGUAAAGUUAAGACGUUGGCUGGUAAAUUUCUUCUUUUUAUAAAACUGUGCUUUGAUUAGCUAAUUAUCUUAUUGUUCGCAAGCACUCCUGUAUUAUAUUGCUCAUUUUGGGGAACAAACAAGUGAGAUACAACCUUUACUUCGUUAUGACUUGACAUGUCAGUUAAAACUAACGGCUCGUGUAUGAUUGUA